AUGGCUCCCGCAACAGCAGAGGCAGAGAAGGGCUCUCCGGUCGCGGUGGGGCUGCUUGUCGUGGGCAACAUCGUCAUUCUGCUGUCAGGCCUGGCCCUGUUCGCCGAGACGGUGUGGGUGACCGCCGACCAGUACCGCGUGUACCCGCUGAUGGGCGUCUCAGGCAAGGACGACGUCUUCGCUGGCGCCUGGAUUGCCAUCUUCUGCGGCUUCUCCUUCUUCGUGGUGGCCAGCUUCGGCGUGGGCGCGGCACUCUGCCGCCGCCGGUCCAUGAUCCUCACGUACCUGCUGCUCAUGCUUGUCGUCUACAUCUUUGAGUGCGCCUCCUGCAUCACGUCCUACACCCACCGCGACUACAUGGUGUCCAGCCCAUCCCUGAUCACCAAGCAGAUGCUGACCUUCUACAGUGCAGACACAGGCCAGGGCCAGGAACUCACCCGCCUCUGGGACCGCGUCAUGAUGGAGCAAGAAUGCUGCGGCACCUCCGGCCCCAUGGACUGGGUGAACUUCACAUCGGCCUUCCGGGAGGCCACUCCGGAGGUGGUGUUCCCCUGGCCCCCACUGUGCUGUCGCCGGACGGGAAACUUCAUCCCCCUGAACGAAGAGGGCUGCCGCCUGGGCCACGUGGACUACCUGUUCACCAAGGGCUGCUUCGAGCACAUCGGCCAUGCCAUCGACAGCUACACAUGGGGCAUCUCGUGGUUUGGGUUUGCCAUCCUGAUGUGGACGCUUCCGGUGAUGCUGAUAGCCAUGUAUUUCUACGCCACGCUCUGAGGAGCAAGAAGGGAAGGCCACGUUCACAGCUCAGCCUCCCUGCCUCCCGCUCCUGCCCGCUCCAGCCAGGGCCUGCGUGGCCGCCUCCCCUCUCCCCU